AUUAGUACAAAAGAAUAAUUUGUUUUGUAAUGCAAAACAUUUCUUUAUAUGAUCAAAAUGCAGUUAGAAAGCAAUAUUGUCCAAUAUUAUUACAAUUUACAAUAAAUGUUUUCUAUCUGAAUAUAUUACAUAAUGUAAUUGAUUUAUGUGAUGCAAAGUUGAAUUUUUAACAUAAUUACUCAGUGUCACAUGAUCCUUCAGAAAUAAUUUUAUCAUGCUGAUUUGAGGCUGAAGAAACUAAUAUGAUUAUUAUUGUCAAUGUUAAAAGCUGUGCUGAUAGUUCAGGAUUUCAGGACUCUCAGAUGAAUAGAAAAAUCAAAAGGACAGUAUUUAUUUGAACUAAAAAUCUUUUGGAACAUUAUAAUUGUCUUUACUGAUACUUGUGAUCAAUUUAAUACAUCCAUAAACAUUUUCACAGCUUAAAACAUACCAUUUAUUUGUUUUUGUUUUUUUUGAUUUACAUUACUGAACAUUCAUAAUAAAAUGUGAGAGGGGCAUAAAUACAUGCAAACAAAGAGGAGGGAGAGAUUACUGACAGCUGACCUUUGGAAGAACCUCAUUAUAAGGAACUGUCUUCUAAAAUCUUAGGUGGAGCCGAAAUUGAGUUUAUGAUUCAUGCUGUACAUGCAAAUAAAUGUGAAUCAAUUUUGUAAAGCAACACUAAAAUCCACCAUUAAAUUUGGUUAAAUUAAAUGAAGAUCCAGAUCUGACAAAAAUAACUGCAUUUUCAUAACCAUACUGAAAGACACUUCACAUCAGGCGUAGCGCACAUUUGGAUUCAUGCAAAUCUCACUGGUUGUCCUCGAUAUCUCCACACCCCUCUGACAACAUCCUCAAUCCUGCUUCACACCUAACUCUACCACUCCUGGGCUAAUUCAACCAUUCAGGCAAACAAAAGCCACAAACAGACUUGUCUGGCUUCUCAUUCAUGUGGAUUCUCACUAGCAGGUGAGAGAGGAGGCAAACUAGCAACGUAUCGUGGCUUGGGGCUUGCCUAAUAUCAGGCACAUUGAUGCUGCCUCAGGGCUCUACUGCUUGGGCAUAGACUCCACCCCACAGAGUCAACACCUCAGAGAGAACGUGAGAGACUCAUCAGACUCAUCAGAAACUAGACGGAGCACCUAAACGAACAGACACCGCUCUCAAGGACAACCACGUCGGCCAAACUGUUCAACAUUGCGGGACCGUCAUAUGAUUCAGGAGGUCUGCUCUGGACAUAAAUCCAUUGACGAUAAAUCCAACAUCCCAAACGUUUAGUCUAAAUACAGAUAGGCUGACAAACCACUCAGUAUUGGAUUCGAACAACAACACUAGUAUGGAAACUCUACAGGGAAGAAAGCCGAAGAAACCACAUUACAUUCCCCGUCCUCCUGGCAAACCUUUCAAAUAUCAGUGCUUCCAGUGUCCUUUCACCUGCAACAUCAAGUCUCAUCUCUUCAACCACAUGAAGUAUAACUUGUGCAAGAACUCCAUCUCUCUGGUGUCUCAGCGCAUGGAACAGACUGGGAAAACACCCAGAGCUUCACAGAUUAAUUUUCCAUUCAACCAUAAGAGUAAAGAGACUCCUUGGAAGAUGAAGCCGGCAAACCAAUAGAAAAGAUCAACGACAAGGCUGAACAAGAGGAGAUGGUUAAAGGAGACAAGAGAAAAGCCUGAAGGUCCCAUCAAGGAAGUCACUAAAGAUGUCCCUGAACCAAUCUGUGAGUCCAGGGAAAAAAAUGCAGACAUGGACAUUGGACAGACCAAAAUAUCUUCAGCUUUCUCACCAGUUGCACGAACAUGUGAAAGCGAAGCUCUCUCUCGGUCACCACACAAAGAUGAUCAAUCAUCUUCAACCACUUCUCAGUUUUACCACCAAAUGGCACCAUGGGUUCCACCUGUUUCCACAGCACCUCUUCAUCCUCUAAUACCGGAUUAUCCUUCGCACAUGGUACCCGAGAGGUCCUUGCAUUCUCUCUACACACCCUACUCACACAACCAAACAAACACCCCAGCCUACCAAAUCACACCUCGCGAGAUCCAGAGACCUCUGGUUCCAUCACCUUUGGUUCCACCUAGUACUUCCCUUCUUCAUCCUUAUCACUAUAGAUAUGGCCAUUCUAUUAUCCCUGGUCCACCGCUACCCUACAGCCUCUACCAACACCCUGAAUUGUCCAUGCCCUUACAGAGAACCAGAUAUCUUCCUCUGGAUGUGUAUAGCAACAGAUUUUAUCCUCGAGAGUAUGGAGGGCAUCUAGUGCCCCUAUCUCAUCCUGAUUCUUACGGAAGACUUCCUGAGGAAAGGGCUUUCCAGGAGCACAGUACAGUAGACAAAGGUACUCGCCAGAGUCCUUUAGAAGGGUGUGCCGCCUCUGGGUCUCCGGACAGGCCUAGUACUGCAGAUGUUACCCAGCGGAUCCCUGUUACAUUCAGACACGCUUCUCAUGGGGAGUCACUUCCCAUCAAUCAAUUACAGCAUGCUGAUCCAGGGGCAUCUACAACAACUGAAAACCUACCCAAGAAAUCAUGUGGACAAAUUCAAGAGAACAUGACACAAAAGAAAGAAAGGAAGGAACCACAAACCACAGCUUUAACAAUAAGCAGUGAGAAUUCUUCCGAAAAGGAAGAUGAAGAAAUUGAGGAGGAACCAGGUCCUCUUAACCUUUCCAAGAGGGACCAGGCUGUAUCCAGCAAUAUGACACACCACUACCCUGACAGAGAGCUUGAUUAUGAUUCAGAAAGUAGUCAGGACGAGGCACCACUCAACCUCUGCCUUAGGGUACAGUCCGAUAACCAAGCCUUGCUCAACACAACAGGUUCAGAAACUCCAGAAAGACCAACCAUUAUAAAUGCUGAGGUAUGCACAAUUGUUCCACCCAGAGAACAAGAAAUAGACCCAUGCGACCAGAGGCACACUGCCGCCUUUGCUUUGUGUCAGCUAGCUAGCUCGAAUGACAUUAUCAACGACUCUUCUACUGGCCAACAAGAAACAACUAAUAGCCAAAACAGUCAAAGUGUUCCUUCCCCAGACAAAAGCCCUGUCAAAGACACUCCAGACACAUCAAAACAGACCACACGGACAGUGGGACAAAAACGGGUAAACAGUAGACCUCUGAGGAACACUUCCAAAAGAGCAAAGGUCAAGGAACCAGCUCGAACUCAAAGAAAGAGGUCACAAAACUGCUGAUUCAGAGAUCUCAACAUGUGGACUGCUGCUACUCAAAUACAAAUGAGCAAUACUCAAAAUAAAUAGACUUUACAAGAUGGCAAACAUCUACAUUAAAGUCUUCAAUUAUUAUUGUAUUUAUGUCUGUAAAAUUUCUCAAGUUCAGAGGUCAUAGGAUCAAUUCCAAGUUCAAAUGAACUGACUAUGUUAAUGUAAGCUGCUUUGGACAAAAGCAUUUGCCUAAUGCAUAAAUGUAAAUUUAAAUAAUUCAAAAAUAUUCUUAGUGUACAACAUGAAGCACUGAUGGGAAAAAAGGCAGCCCAGAAUUUUCACUGAGAAUUCUGUGUGCUGACACAAUAUGUAAUAGAUCAUUAAAGUUGGGUGGUGGCAUUUUUUUUUUAAAUAAAAGGAACUUAAAGUAUUUGAA